AUGUCCGUCCAGGGGAGGCGCGCUUCCUGCUACGACUGGUGCAGCGACUUCACGUGCGCGCACGCCAUCUUCGCCAGCGGGUUCGUCACCGCGCCGGUCGCCAUCGUGCACUUCGUCAAGCGGCCCUACUCCGGCGCCACCAUCUUGUUCGCAGCGUUCGCCGCGUUCUGCACCGCCGUCAGCCUCAUCCUCUGCUGCAAGUUCUACGCCGAGCUCAAGCGGCCGCCCUGGCCCCGGUGGCUGUCGUCGGCGUCCGCCGAAGCGCGCCAUCUUGAACAGCAGGACGGCCGAGAGACGGAGGUGUCGUCGCACGAGCUGCAGCUUCGCCACCCUGAGCAGGCCGUGAUGGGGCGCGAGCGCGACGACCUGCGAACCGCUCUCGUCCCGAGCUACGAGCACCCGGGGGGCGCCGCCGAGUGCGCGGUGUGCCUCGGCGAAGUGGAGAAGGGGGAGGCGGUGCGGCGGAUGCCGGUGUGCUUGCACGUGUUCCACACCGAGUGCAUCGACCGGUGGCUGCGCUCGCACGCUACGUGCCCUAUUUGCCGAUGCAGCGUGUUCACCCCGCUGGAACGGCCACCGGAAGUAGUGUUGAACGUCGAGUUGUGAAUUGUGAUGCGAAUCUUUUUUUGAAAGAUCCAGCUUGGCUGGCAUUGAUUGAUUUAGAAAAGAGCAUAUGAAAGACAAGGUUUGAUCAAGCGAUCAGAGGGAAAAUAAGGAAAGAGAUACAACAGAGGACGGGCCUUUGGCCUGCAGCUCCUAGUAAAGAAAACCGUAAGCGGUUAUCUCACAUCCAGAUCCCCAAAGGGGGGCUCAAAUGA